AUGGAAGAGAGGGCACUCGAGGACUUUGAGAAGAGCGACGGAGCCCUGCGCACCAUCAAAGAUUUGGGUGCUGGUGCAGCCGGUGGAAUUGCUCAGGUUCUUCUUGGACAACCCUUCGAUAUUGUCAAAGUGCGGUUGCAAACAACCACUCAGUAUGCCAACGCCCUCGACUGUGCGAGCAAGAUUUUCAAGAACGAGGGCCCCGCUGCGUUUUACAAGGGAACAUUGACCCCCUUGAUUGGAAUCGGUGCCUGUGUUAGCGUGCAAUUUGGUGCGUUUCAUGAAGCCCGCAGGCGCCUUGAGGAAUUGAACAAGAAGAAAUACGCCGAUAGCAGCCUUUCCUACGGGCAAUAUUACAUGGCUGGUGGGUUCGCGGGUAUCACCAACUCCGUUCUCUCUGGGCCGAUUGAGCAUAUCCGUAUUCGCAUGCAGACCCAGCCGCACGGCGCAGACCGGUUGUACAAUGGCCCUAUCGACUGCAUCCGUAAGCUCUCUGCUCAGGGAGGCGUCCUGCGGGGCCUCUACCGUGGUCAGAACGUCACCUAUCUCCGUGAGAUCCAGGCUUAUGGCAUGUGGUUCUUGACCUUUGAAUACUUGAUGAACCAGGAUGCCAAGCGCAACAAUGUCAACCGCGAGGAUAUCUCCAGUCUCAAGGUCGCCACCUACGGUGGAUUGGCUGGUGAGGCGCUUUGGCUGAGCAGCUACCCAUUUGACGUGGUGAAGAGUAAGAUGCAGUGCGAUGGCUUCGGGGCUCAGCAACAGUUCAAGAGCAUGACAGACUGCUUCAAGAAGACAUAUGCUACCGAGGGUCUCGCUGGCUUCUGGAAGGGUAUUGGUCCUACCCUGCUGAGAGCUAUGCCUGUGUCGGCUGGAACAUUCGUCGUGUAUUGUCGAGCUUGCCAUGAAGGCAAUGGGUUAAAUUAA